UGAAGUGGGCGGAGUCAACGCUCCGGUCUCCAUGACGAACCAACUGCUGACGACUGCACUGUUUUUUUCAGUGUAGCAAAGUAACCUCGGUUCAAUUUACUUAAUACCUAUACCAAUACUUUUUUCCCGUAUCCGGUAAAAAUAAUGGAUACGCUGAUAUCCGGAAAACUUCAAUGAGGCAUCAGCGUUUUCCAAGUAAAACUCAAUUUUUCCGUUGAUUCAGCAGAAGCUAAAAGUUGGAGCCAUGGUGCAGCAGUACCAGUCCCCUGUUCGGGUCUACAAAUAUCCGUUUGAGUUAAUGAUGGUGGCUUAUGCCAGGCGGUUCCCAAAGUGCCCGCUGAUCCCUAUGUUCGUAGACAGUGAGAUCCUCAACCAAAGUGAAAGCAAAGAUGGUUCUGUGGUGGUUACAGAGAGACGCUGUACGAUCGACAUUGAAGCCCCUCGGCUUCUUAAGCGGAUUGCGGGUGUAGAAUAUCUGUACUUCCUUCAGAAGAACACACUGAACCGCAGAGACAGGACUCUUCACAUCGAGGUGCAAAAUGAGACCUUUUCCAGCAGAGUCAUUGUCAAGGAAUGCUGCAGCUACACGGUUCACCCAGAGAAUGAAGACUGGACUUGCUUUGAACAAACGGCUAGCCUGGACAUUAAAUCCUUCUUUGGUUUUGAGAGCACAGCAGAAAAGAUAGCCAUGAAACAGUAUGCAACUAGCAUUAAAAAGGGUAAGGAAAUAAUGGAGUACUACCUGACAGAGCUGGAGAAAGAAGGAGUAACUUACGUACCUCGCUGGAAGCCCGCUGUUAAAGGAGACCUUUCAGCUGGAAGAGCCGUCCCCAAGAGUGGAGCCAUCGAUGGGCUUCCUGGCAAGGACCUGGUUAAUCCCACAGAGCUUAUGGCCUGUCCAGCUGAUGACAAGUUGGAAGCUGACUACAUCAGACGUUACCUUGGCGAUUUAACGCCUCUGCAGGAGAGCUGUCUUAUCCGACUGCGCCAAUGGCUCCAGGAAACCCACAAGGGCAAGAUUCCAAAGGAUCAGCAUGUGCUGCGCUUCCUCAAGGCCAGAGAUUUCAACAUGGACAAGGCCAGAGAGUUUUUGUGCCAGUCUCUAACCUGGAGGAAGCAGCACCAGGUGGACUUCCUGUUGGAUACAUGGGAGUGCCCACAGCUGCUCCGAGAUUACUUCACCGGAGGGUGGCACCACCACGACAGAGAUGGCCGCCCUCUGUAUGUUUUGCGUCUUGGUCAAAUGGACACGAAGGGCUUGGUGCGAGCAUUGGGAGAGGAGGUUCUGUUCAGACAGGUCCUUUCAAUCAACGAGGAGGGACUGAAGCGCUGCGAGGAGAACACCAGACUCUUUGGUCGACCCAUCAGCUGCUGGACAUGCUUGGUGGAUCUGGAGGGUCUAAACAUGCGUCAUCUCUGGAGACCAGGAGUUAAAGCCCUCCUCAGAAUAAUUGAGGCGGUAGAGGCUAACUACCCCGAGACUCUGGGCCGCCUGCUCAUACUGCGUGCUCCUAGGGGGUUUCCAGUAUUAUGGACCUUGGUCAGCCCCCUGAUUGAUGAGAACACUCGUAAGAAGUUUCUUGUUUACGCUGGGAGAGACUACCAGGGUCCUGGAGGCUUAGUGGACUACAUAGACAGAGAGAUCAUUCCUGACUUCCUGGGAGGGGACUGUAUGUGUGACAUCCCUGAAGGCGGCGCAGUCCCCAAGUCUCUGUACAGGACUGCAGAGGAAAUGGAGAAUGAAGAGAACUGUCUCUUGACCGACUCCAUCUAUAAGAGCGCCAGCAUCUUUAAAGGAGCUCCUUAUGAGGUGCUGAUCGAGAUCACAGAGGCCUCCUCUGUAAUCACCUGGGACUUUGAUGUGUCUAAAGGAGAUGUGCUCUUCAACAUCUACCAUUCUAAGAGGGCUCCUCAGCCUGCAAAGAGAGACUCUCUAGGAGCUCAUGGCAUCACCUCCCUGGGGGCGGUGAAUGCUCAGCUGAUUGAUAAGAGCUGGGUGCUGGGCAAAGAUUACAGCAUGGUGGAGAAAGCCCUCACCUGCAGAGAGGGAGAAAGUGUACAGGGCUCCCAUAUAACCCGCUGGCCUGGCUUCUACAUCCUCCAGUGGCGCUUCCAUAGCUCUGCAGCCUCAGCUGCCUCCAGCCUGCCACGGGUGGAUGAUGUUUUGGCCAGCCUGCAGGUCUCCUCCCACAAGUGCAAGAUCAUGUAUUACACAGAGGUGCUGGGCUCUCAUGACUUCAGGGGCUCCAUGACCAGUCUGGAGUCUUGUCAGAGCGGUUUCUCUCAGCUCAGUGUCGUCACCACUUCUUCUAGCCGUUCCUGCUCCAGUUCAACUGUUUCAAGGUAGCAUCCAUCCGAAGGCCACCGUCACCCAAUAUGUUGUUUCACAAAAACUAAAAACUUGUUUUUCUGCUCAGUAUUAGUUUGUUUGACUGUUUUAAGUUUACAGACCAUCUUAUAUGCAAAAUAUUACAUUAAUCUGACUUGUAUGUUGUUUGUUUGCAUGAUUUCACACGGCAGGAAAUAAUACCCGAGUUUCUGAUGAGAGAUAAAGGCUGUUCAAAUUGCUGUCUGUCUGUGCUAUUGUUAUUGACCACUAGAUGUCAGUGUUGUCAUUGACUUCAACUGCUGUCACAUCUUCAACGUGAACACAAUGCUUUUGAAUUUAAUGCAAGAUGAAAAAAAAACCUUGGAAUAAAGCAAAUCUGUAUCCCCAGUGUC